AUGGAUGCCGCGCACAUGCAAAGAGAGUUGGAUCAAGCUAACGAGAAACUAGCCAGGUUGGAGGCAUUGAGGAAGGGUGUAGUGGAAAGCUACCAGGGGGAGAUGGACGAGUUAGUGGGAGAGAAGAGUUAUUGGAUGGAUGAAAAGAAGAAGUGGG